AGGUUAUUGCCGCCAAAUGAGUUCCAUGAUGGCUAUGAUGUAUAUUAGUAAUGUGUUGAUGAAGGAGGAAAGGAAGAUGGUAGUGGAGCAAUCAUCGAGUGCAGGUCCGAUUGGGAUGCGGCCCCACUUCGCUUUCGCCGCCAAGGUUACUAUGGUACGUACUUAUGGUUUGGGUAGGCCCAAGUCCUUCACGCCGUCUUGUAAUAGUAAUGACCCUAAGGGCUAGAACAAAUG